AAGAAGGGCGGUGGAAUUCCCUGGUUGCUUUCAGCGCAUUACGCAUAAAAAAAAACUCUUUACGCACGUAUACCCAGAAGAAAACCUCCAUUUGUACACGUGAACUUUUAAAAGUACUUCAAAUGGCAGCGAGUGUAGGAUUGUCCAUGAUGAAUCCGCCGCACGCCACCGAGGAGCGGGCCGUGUUCACGCAGCUGAAGCCGGUGAGGAUGUCGGGAGCGGACGGCGCAGAGGACGCGUCCGUGUUCGAGGACGUCAAACCCGGGAUUCGACUGGAGCUGGACAAAUACCUGCCUGAGGUCCACGUUCCUCUCAUGAACCCCUCGACUCUCUGCGUUGACAAGAAGUACAGACGAGACAGCGCCUCGGUGGUGGACGAGUUCUUCUCCGAGGAGAAGCCCAGCCCCUACAGCCUCAACAUCAACCUCGUCCUCCCCAGCACCACCCACCUCCGCACGGGCCUCUACAGGCCCAACACCAAGACCCUCACGCCCCAGCAGAUCAAGAUCGAACCGGGCCUGGAGGUCCCCUGCUCCAUCUCCUCCGGCACCACCCAGGCCCUGCCAGACUUCACCUCCGUCUUCAGCGUGCCGCCUGUGGUCAACAACGUUUUCAUCAAACCCGACAUGAGCUCUGGAGGCGUCAGUGGAUCUCAGCAGCAGUCGAGUUUGGACACAGAGCUUCACAUCGGCCCCCCGGCGCCCCAGUCGCAGGUUUACCACAUGCCCAUCACCAGCUGCUCCGACCUCACGCUGUCGCACUCGUCCCCGGCGUCGCACGGCUCCGCAGGCAGCAGGACGAUGAUGAGCCUCGGAGGCGUCGGGCUGCCGACGUCCAACGGCCACUACAUGAUGCAGGAGCAGCAGCUCCAGCAGCACGGCUACUACCACGUCAAUCCCAGCGCCUCCCAGCACACAGCGCCCCACAGCCUGCCGCCCUCACCCCCCAACUCCCAGCCCGGGAGCCCCGACCACGCGGAGCUGCUCAGCUUUGCGUCUCCGCCGCCCUACCAGCAGCGUCACGGGGGGAUGAAGGUGACCGGGAUGUCCCCCCACGCUCUGCUGAUGACACAUGGCCAGGGCGUCCUGACGGGCCCCAAAUACAACAGGCGGAACAACCCGGAGCUGGAGAAGAGGAGGAUCCACUUCUGUGACUACCAAGGCUGCAGCAAAGUUUACACAAAGAGUUCUCAUCUGAAGGCACAUCAGAGGACACACACAGGCGAGAAGCCGUACCGCUGCACAUGGGAAAGCUGCGACUGGCGCUUCGCCCGAUCGGACGAGCUCACCCGACACUACCGGAAACACACCGGGGCCAAACCCUUCAAGUGCAUCGCCUGCAGCCGCUGCUUCUCCCGCUCCGACCACCUGGCCCUGCACAUGAAGCGCCACCAGAACUAGCACGGGCAUCGAACCUGUACAUACAGAACACAGACAGUGCAGUAUCCGGACGUGACCGCCACUCCAACGUCACGUUGUUAAUAUGAACAGAAACAAAAUCCUCCCUGUGUGCCGGUGUUGGUCCUGGAGCUCGAUGCUAACACAGGUUGAGUGACUGCAGUUUGUUCUGCAUCCAGCCACCAGAGGGCGAUCAAGGCGCUUUGGGGAAGCCGUUUCGUACAUCUUUAUAAAAAAGCUUUUAACUUGUACUUUGAAUUUUAAUUUGGUCCAUGUCACAUCCACUAACAUGGAGGAGGGAGAGUUUUUGAUAUAUAUUACAAUCAGCCACCAGGGGGCGAUCAUGAGGAUUGGAUUCACUUUUGGUGUACCAGAAAAAGAGGGAAAUAAGCCAAUCAGCAGUCCUUCUCCAAACUUCUCCAGGUUUUAAGUUUUCCCCUCUGAGAUAAAGCCGAUCACCUGCCGUCAGUCACCAUCACGUCAAACCAGAGGAUCCACCGGGCGCUCGGGGGGGUUCUGUUAUCAAACACAACACGUGUGUUAAUGUAAAAACAUGCAAAACUUGAUACAAACACACACACAAUCACACACACUCCAGCUCUUCACAUCCCGGGACAAACCUUUAAACAACAACAACAACAACAACAACAAAAUGAACUUUUCCAACAACUGUGCUGCCAACAUCCCCCCCCCCCCCCCCGCCCCCGACACCAUCUUUAAUCAUGGUACGAACUGUCAAGGAGAGGUGGAAACACUUGUGUAAAUAUGUGUUGAUACGUGUGCAUGUGUGUGUGUGUGUCUGUGAGAAUACGACGAAUGUACUGAGAUUCAUACUUGACAUCUUUCUUCUUCUUCUUUUUUUACACUGAACGUUAAUUUGAGUAACGUUGAAAACGAUCCCACGUCAAUAAAACAGUAAACAAACAAUCAAACAGAGAAACUCUCCACGGAAAAGUUAAUGAUCGCCUCGCCAUGCCUGUUCCGGCACAAGUCCAACCUGCCGAGCUCAGAGCUCGCAGCGAUCUGACAAUGUUUGUAUCCCUGACUUCACCCGUUGCUCCGGGGACCGAUCUGCCGUGAUGACGGUUUGAUUCCCUUCAGCGGCGUCUUGAUCCGUCUCCUGUGUUUGUUUGGCUCAAGAGAUGAGGGCGCCGGGCGGAUGCAGGUCUUACGUCAACAACCCUGAUUGUUCCGAUGGAGUCAGUCCUGUUAACUGCAGGUUACAGUUCCUCUUUGUUGCAUCGCGAUAAUUCUAAGUUGCGGCGUCUUUCAUUGUUUCAGGGGUUUUAAAAAAUUCUUCUCACCCACACAUGUUUGUGCCGCGGCGUAGCUGCUGCCAAGAACAAAGAUUUACAAGACGGAGACAAAAGAAAAGUUCCCUAGAGCAAAUGAAGGGUUUGAGCCUGUGAACUGGAACAAAUGGUCGUUAUCUGGGAAACGUGACAAGAGGAGUGGAUUUAAAACUGGAUCCACUUGACACCUUUUCCCUUUCGGAGAAAAUGACACCUCAGGAAUGCGGUGAUACUCUUUGUUCUGCCGGUGACGGCUCAGGAAGCAUUCUGUUCCUCCUCUAGUUGUCUUGUUCUGUUCAGCACAGUCGAGCUGUUUGGAAACAGGGUUCCAUCGUAAAGCUUCCCGGGUAAAAAGAAGAAAAUACUUCAAUAUUUACUCCUCUGGCUCGUUCGCUGUCACAAUAAUUACAUUUUUUUUUUAACUUGAAGUCGAUAAUGUCCCAAAAAGUAAAGACUCGUUCUCUCAACCGAUCAGAAACACUGGAUACGUUCAAAUCCAAACCACAACCUGAAGUGAAUCUGUGAUGUCGGAGUCUCAGUCUCUUUUCUUGCACUUAAAAGAAUAAGUAAGAAUAUUAAUUAAACUGUAAAAUAUACAAAAGAAGCAUCAUGUUCAGGAACAAAACUGUUUUGUAAAAGUAAGAGCUCAUUGUCAUGAAGUCCCUCAAGGCUCCUUUGUGUUUAUACACUUUCUCUGCCUGUAGGUGGCGACAAUUGGCGAAAAUCGGGACUGAAAUUCUUAAAUUUAAGACUUUGACGUUACCGGACGAACUCUUUUCAGGGGCUUUGUGUCUUUUAGAGUUUUACGUGCAGGAUUGUUUCUUUAACGAUAACAGGAGGAUGACGUGUGAUCAUUUAAAACACUUGUAACAACGUAUUUAAAGCCAGUUUUUAGCUAAUUUGAUUGGAUCAACCCACUUUGUACCUCGAAGCGGUGAUUGACCCAUGUCCGUCCAAUGUGUGUUAAUUUAGGAGAAAACAAAUCUUGAUAUUUCAACUGUAUUGUCGUUUAUUCUUUCUUCCAAAGGAAACAAGUUCUUCUGCCGUCCUCCAGGAGGCAGCACUGACCACCCACUGUGUACAUAACUGUAGUUUAACAGAAAAGAUUGUAAAUAUUUGUUUGGUUUUAUUUCCUAUUAUAAUAUUAAUAUUUUUUCUUUUCUUUAUUUUUUAUCUAAUGGGACUUUAGAUCGGUUUUUAUGUGAAUGUUUGUUUAAUUUUGUUUUGGUUUUGAUACAUCUUGUGUAAGAGAAUUUAUCAGUUUAUGUAAAAUUAAUAAGAACAACAAGAAU